AGGUGACAACGCUGCGCCUGGAGCAGUCUGGUCUGCCGGGGACGGAGCUGCUGAAGAAGAGCGGGGAAACGGAAGAGAGAAGAACCGUUGCCCACCGUCAUUAUAGCUUGAAGAAACCCGCCGCGUUAGCACAGUAACUUGAAUACUUGCUAGCUAACAAAUUACUAGCCAACUCCAUUGCCUCGUUUUCGCCAUUUUGCGCAUUCAACAGCCCAAGAUUUUCGCCAGCAGCAAGUUCGGGGAUUUUGCGGCAUGGCAGAAGCAGACCGACCGGGGAAGCUCUUUAUCGGUGGGCUAAACACAGAGACCACCGAGAAGGCCUUGGAGCAGUACUUCAGCAAAUAUGGCAGGAUUGUCGAAGUUCUUCUGAUGAAGGACCGCGAAACAAACAAAUCCAGAGGGUUUGCAUUUGUUACUUUUGAAAGUCCCGCUGACGCAAAGGAUGCAGCGCGUGAGAUGAAUGGGAAGUCCCUUGAUGGCAAGCCUAUUAAAGUUGAGCAAGCUACAAAGCCUCAGUUUGAGAGUGGUGGCAGACGAGGACCCCCACCCAUGCACUCCCGCAGUCGUGGUCCACCCAGAGGUCCACGUGGCUCCAGAGGUGGCAUGAGGGGCCCCCCAUCCAGAGAUUACUAUGAUAAUUCAGGGAGUGCAGAACCCUUCUUUAAAGGGAUGUCAUCCAGAGGCCCCCCUCCAAUGAAGCGAGGACCCCCAGUUCGUAAUGGAGGUCCCCCACCCAAGAGGUCUGCCCCAUCUGGUCCCAUGAGCAGACCACCCAUGUCAAGGGACAGGGAUCCUUAUGGUCCACCUCCACCUCGCAGGGACUCCAUGAUGUCCAGGAGGGAUGAUUAUUCGUCACCAAGAGAUGACCAUUACAACUCUAAAGACAGCUACUCCAGUCGAGAUUAUAAUUCCAGAGAUUCGAGGGACUAUGGACCUCCUCCCAGAGAUUACUCGUACAGAGAAUAUUCUAACUCUAGUUCCCGAGAUGAUUAUGGUUCAAUGUCAAGAGGAUACAGUGACCGAGAUGGUUAUGGAGGAGGCCGGGAACCAAGAAGCUACAUGGAUCGUCCAAGUGGUAGCUCCUACCGAGAGUCAUACGAUGGUUACGGUAACUCUCGCAGCGCCCCACCCUCUCGGGGCCCCCCACCAUCCUAUGGUGGGAGCAGUGGAAGCAGUCGUUAUGAUGACUAUGGAAGCAGUUCCCGGGAUGGCUAUGGCAGUCGUGACAGUUAUCCCAGCAGUCGGAGUGACCCAUAUCCACCUAGCCGUGGUGAGCGAAUGGGCAGACAGGAAAGGGGCCCAGCUCCCCCUGCCGAUAGAGGCUACCCUCCUCGUGACUCGUACAGCAACUCAGGUCGUGGAGGGCCACGCGGUGGCCGUGGUGGCAAUCGAGCCGAUAGGGGAAUGGCUCGCAGCAGAUACUGAACUGGACUUGGAAGUCGCAUUAAAGCAAACAUUAGUCUCCGUGCACACUUAACACGUGUUUUGGAAGAAAUCUGAAUACAAGACAAACCAGCCAUGUCUAAAUCUGUGAAACAUAAAGCUUAGCUUUGACCUGUAUCUUGACUUUCCCAGUUUUUUAUGUGUAAAAGAUUUUGUUUUUUUAGUAUUUCUCUUGCUCUUGUCACAGUACAGUUACCAAGUGAGUGUUAGUUUUUGUACAUUCAGUGCUGUUGGAAUCUGAAAUGCCCUAUGCCCUGGCUUUCCUACUCUAAUAAAGCUUUUAGUUGUACCUUGACCACUGCUCAUCAAUUGUCAAAACAAGACCAGAGACGGUAACAUUAUUGUUACGUAACAACACGAUCUCCUUCACAAAGUUCUAUGUAAAGCUUAGGUAAGUCUGCUCGUGCUAUAUCAACACUCGAGUCAGAGGAGUUCAUCUUUAACACGAAUGUGCUUCCAACUGGACGCUGCUGUUUUCAAAGUUAGGGAAAUGUUACUGUCAAAAUGUUCCAAUGUAGUUUCCUUGGAAAUGGAUCCAUCACCCUAGAGCCAUUUGAUGGCAUGCAACGACAAAACCAAAGACAACAACAAGCAAAUGCAACUCGACCGAUAGUCAACAGCUGGUAAGCAAAGCAAACCUCUUUGUUUCUCAUCUGUAAAUGAGUUUCUCAUUGUCCUGUAUUGCAAUCUCCACUCAAGACAACUUUUGCCUCAGAGGACAAAAGACUAAAUGGUCAACUGAAAAGAGCCUUUUUCAUUGUGGUCCGUUUUCAUCAGUUAAAAUUGUCGAAAGUGCAGCAACAUCCCAAGAAGUUUCUUCUCUUUUCAGCAGUCAAAGUUUUAACAGCCAUUUUGCCAUCUGAGACUUCGAAACGAUGAUCCUUUUGGCCCAACCCAAUCGCCCAACCUCUGUAAAAUGAUUGGCCACAUUAUAUUAUAGGUAACGAUAUCUAGUACAUUUUUUUUUCCCCCUCUUGGUAAACAUCUAAAAGCCAUUUGAAAUUAAGAACCAUUUGCUCAGUAUCGAAACCUUUUCCACAAGCAUGCCAAUUCAAACAAUGGAGACCUCUGGAAGAACACCGUCGUCCUAACUGCCAAACUGGAAACGAUCACUGAAGCGAAUUUGCAGUCGGACCCAGGCCUACAAAAUCAAUUUCAGAUAUUUAUUGAAUACAUAGCUAGGAAAAGGGCCACAUGUUAACAUUGUGUUCUCAUUGCAGGAUGAGCUUCGCUUCAAGGCAACUGACCUUGCAAUGUACCUGAAUAAUUCCUCACUGUAAUGGAGGAAUUAACCUGCAGUGCACCGGUGAAGAUGCUGGUGCAGCCUUCUGCUGAGUGCCGGGUGAACCUUUUCUCCGAGUGGAAACGAAGUGGGAAGAACACAGGCUGAGGAUUUGCUCAAAUUCACCGUUUCUGGUGUUGUCAAUAAAGACUUAAUAAAAAGA